UCAAAGUCCAGCGCAGAAUCGGAACCACAAUCCAACCUGUAGUUUGUGUGCAGCUGUAGUUCGUGUGCAGAUGUUUGUGUGCAGAUGUUGAGCAGCAGCCUCUCUCCUCAGACAUGCAGCAGAGUGUGGAGGCGCUGGUCCGCCUGCUGGAGUCCUACAGGGGCAGAGACAGAGUUAUCAGGACAGUCUGUUAUGGCUCCCAGCUCGUUGGGGGAGUUCUCUCCCGAAAGGCGGAGACCGACGUCUCGUUCCAGCGACUCGGGAAAAGUCUGCUUCUGUUGUCUGCUCAGCUGAGUCAGUGCAGGACGGUGCUGAGGCUGUUCGAUGAUCUCUCCAUGCUGGCCUACUCCCACAGCUAUGGGCUCGGAGCUGAGGAGGAGGACUCAGGUGUGCGUUGGAUUUCUGUGCUGAACAAUGUGGCCGAUCAGCUCUAUUACCCCUGUGAACACAUCGCGUGGGCCGGCAACGCUGAGCUGGUGAAAGUGAACUCUGACAAAUGGUGGCUGUUCAGCACGGUGCUGUGGGGAACCUCGCUGCUGCUGGGAAUACUCAAGUCCACUCGACUUCUGCUGCUUCUGAAGAAGAAGCUGAACAGAUGUGGGAGGGACGCAGCUGACAACAGUCAAGCUCAGCUCCACAAGCAAAUGCGAGGGGAGAUUCUCUCCAUCCUCAGCAAAAUGGCUGACCUCAGCAACGCCGUUCACUGGAUGCCGCCGGGCUUCCUCUGGGCUGGUCGGUUCCCCAGCUGGUUGGUGGGGCUGAUGGGAACCUUCUCCUCUGUGAUUGGUUUGAUCCAUACGAGCGCUGGCGACUGACCGGACAUCGGCUUCACUUCACAGUGAGGAAAAGAUGAGAGGCCGAGAUCAGCACUGAGUGAAUGACGUACAGAGACUGAAAGAAUUUGUUUUGAGAUCUAUAACGUAUGAAAUCCAAAUCAUUUGGACGUAUAACAUCAGAGUCAAACAGAAAGCCACCUAAAAACAUAAAUAAUUCCUCUGGAUUGUUUUGGACUUUGUGACAGUUACAGGAUCAAUGUGAUUAAUCUGUCAAUUUGUUUUGCUCUUAUUUCCCAGCUAACCACUGCAGGAUUGCAAUCACACAAAUGGGACAUUUAUUUUGAACAUGAUUCUUCACAUGCAGAAUAAAGUAUUCAAUUGUAUUUUAUUAAAGUGUACAACUUUUCCGAGAUGAGGAUUUAGAAGUCUUAACAACUCUGUGGUUAAUGGGAUGCAGCUUUUGAGGGAAAUCAUUCUUUCAUUUAUCACAUAUUGCCUCAUGUUGUCACACACUGCUUUAAGGAAGUCUCAUCUACCAAAUACAACUACUUUGGCUGGAACUCCUUUGCCUGAGGAGCAGAGGACUCAUUAAAGUAUGUUUAACAUUGGAUUUAAACACAGAUGAGACGCAACGUGACACUGAACCUUCACCUCCUCAGUCAAUCAACUUAGAAUGUGACUGCUGAAGAAGGGGAUAUUAUGUCUGUGUUCUGAUUUUGAGAUAAAUAUAAUGAUGUGAUAAAGGCUGAUAAAUUGUUGCCUCAAACACUCCAUAUAUCUGUAUAUGGACUCGUUAUGCCUUAUUAUGAUUGUGAUUACUCGGCUGUCAAGAUCUUUCAGGUGGAAAUAAUGUUGCUGUGACUGUAUUUCUUUGUAUAAACAGAGCCAGGGUUUUGGUGUAAAGCUUGUGAUUUCAGCAAUACAACUCAUUGUCCACAGGUUUUUAAAUUGUAUUAUUGUAUGAAAUUAUCAGAAGAAAUAUCUGAUUUCCAUCGAGGAAUCAAAAUGUGAGACUUUGGAAUCAGGGUUCGUCUGCCUUUUACAACAAUGAUGAUCUAUUGUGUGGAAACUGUCUUUGUUGCUGCUCAAAUGAAAGAGAAUAUAAGUGUAACUGAAUAAAAUGUAAAAUAAUUGUAGAUCAUGUUUGAAAAUAAUGAACAUUUUUGAUUAAACUCUUGUAUUUUCUAUAGUAUAAAGACAGAUUCUUUUGCAUUUA